AUGCCUCGAUCCGGCCAAGAUAAACAAGCCAUUUCGAGUGGUGGAUCAAAUAAAUCUCAGGUCAGAAAGGACCAGGAGAGCGGUCAGGGCCUUCGAGGUUCUCCUGCCUCUAAAAGCGGUCAAGCCAAUCCAGCCGCUCCUCAUCGCCGUUCGAAGGUUGCUCAAGACUGCACAAAUCUUCUAAGCGUACCUUUGCCCACCGCUGGUGGAAGGAAAGCCGCCGAUUCCAAAGAAUCCGACGUCAAGCCCACGAACACGUCGGCGGCCUACUUGGAUUACUGUAUCAACAAAGAAGUCAAACGCCGUAAGCAGAAACUCAUUGAUAAUUUGAUGUCUGUAAUCGCGGAAUGUGUUGAACAAAGACUGGAGGCACUCGAAGAAGAGUGCGACCAAAGUUCAGGGUCGCGCUCUUCUUCUAGUGCUGUUCAGAACGGAAAACCCAUCUCUCGUUCGGCCGGCCAGAAGCGGUCAAAGGACCACAGCAGCCGGGAUGAAAGCGAGGACGACGAGGAUGAAGAUGAAGGAGGUUUCCGAAGGAAGCGGGAUAACAAACGGACCAAGACAACGAAAGAUGAUACCCGUCCUCGAUUUGCGUGCCCCUACAAUCAGUAUGAUCCUGCAAGGUUUGGAAGUAACGCAAGCAUGCUUUGCCUCCUCACCAGUGCCUUAGAUGCCUAUGUCGCUUCAGUGACGCUGAGGCUUUGA